UAAGACACCUGCACCAUGUCAGAUAUAGAGUUGAAAUGUAUUACAUUUAGAGUUUGCAUCCCAAUAUUACAUCACAGAAGACUGAAACGUAGCAGCACUUGUUUGACGUAGAAGCACAGGAUUGUCAUCCGUUUUUUUUUUUACAACAUAAUCUUUAUUAAUGAUGAAACAUAUGAAUAACAUUCCACCCAUGAGGCCAAAGAGGACGCUUUUGGUCAUUGACUGUAGGAAAGGGCUACCCGCUAGGCUACCAGCUGCCUGCUGCCGCCAGAUUACUUUGGGGGAGUGUAGAAGUACUUUUAGUUUUGGAUUGAGUGUGUCCUGAUUUUCUCAUAUAAUCAAAGUGAGUGGAGUCUGUGGGAUAAGUAUCCAUUUCAUUUGAUAGCACUAUGACGAGGGUGCCGUUUAAUGGCCACAAAGAACAAACAGUUAAUCAAUACUGUAAAAUCGAGGAAUUUUCUCUCUACAACAUGGGAAGGGAAUUGAAUUGAAGAGGUAUGGAAGCAUGGUCAAUUCCUUUGAGAUUACAUGGAAAAAGAACAUUCACUUGGAUUGGAUAUAUUUAUGGAAUGUUUUACAUUUUUAUCAUAACAAGGAUUUGCAUAUGAUGUAUAUAUUAUAAGGCAUGUAAUAUUACUAUUGCACGACUAAUGCCCUCCUCUGCUUACAGAUCAUCUUAAAGGAAAACAUUCAUUGUAUCUUCUAAGUGGAUUUUUCCCCAUUGACAGACCGUUUACACAUGCAGCUUAAUUCUCAUAUUUUUUCCACUAAUUGGUCUUGACCAAUCACAUCAGACCUUUUCACCUCAAAUCUUUUUCAGGGCUGAUGUGAUUGGGCAAAAUAUCAAUUAGUGGGAAAACAAAAUCCGAAUUGGGCUAACGCAGUCCAUUUGAAUGAUCACAUCAUUUGUUUAAGUGUUUUUUUUUUUUUGUGUGUUUUUUUAAAGAGCAUUUUACAGUGUUUUCUCUGAUACAUCCAUUUUGGAAUACAUUUGAUUCUCUGCCGGCGGUAUCACUAGUGUUGUGGGUGUCUAGCUGGCAUAGGUGCUGAAACGUGGUACUUUGUGUUACACCCUUUCAUAGCACGGAAAUACAGUUCAAGGCGUUGUCGUUCAAAUCAAAACGGAAGUGUUUUGCUACAAAUUGGAAACAGUUCUUCAGUCCCAUUCUCAGAAAAGCCUGUUUUAGUGCUAAACUCUCACUAAGGGAUGGCCACCGGUCACCGUUUUUCAAUCUGCCUAAUAGUAUGUGACACAAUACUAAUGGCGUGUCAAUAGUGAAAAGGUGAAACAUUUACAGCGAGAAAACAAGAUCGACUUACACAUCCCUACAGUCACUAGCUCUAGUUCAUUCCCCAUUUCAUACAGAAAUCACCUCUCUCACCCUAUCCUAGAUUUUAACCACCCCAUUCUCUCCCUUCUCCCUCCCUCUUAUCCACCACCACCAGUUUGCCCCUCCCUCUCUCACGCCCCUCUCUCUCUCCACCUCUUAUCCAGAUGCAAAGAGCAGUCAGUAAUCGGAUGAGAGCAGAUUUGAUUCAAAAGGCUUCCUUUAAAAUCUCAGCCACUAGGAUUUAAACUCACUCUCUCCUGCGUCGCCUCUACACACAGCCCCGCCCCCAUUCUCUCUCUCUCUUUCUCCCACCCCCCUCUCUCUUUGUGUUAAUGCACUCCACUCCGGCGACAACCUCUAGCAGGCAUUUAAUCACAUGCAACAAUGGCAGGCCAGGGUCUCAGGGACAGGACGGCAAAAGGGCAAUAGCACAGUUGAAACACUUUUUCAAAAACGGUCCCGUUUUAUUGGGUUAGUACUAUUUAUAAAUGUAAUUUUCUCAGGGAACCAAAUCUAUGGCCUAAAUCAGAUGAAGGUUAGAUAAGGUGACCAUUGUGGAUACUACUCCCUUUAGGUGAGGGCGCAGGACACCUAUGAGCGCAGCUAACCUCAGAUGGAUGCAAUCGCCUCAGGGUUAAUUGUUUUAGGCAUUUCUAUAUUUAGACGUACGAUUUACAGUGUUUUCAUACAUGCAUGUACCCUACAGUCCUCGACAGAUAGGAACAGCAAGGAACAACAGAAAGGGAACAUCUUUCUCUCUCUCUCUCUCUCUGAGUCACUGCCUCUCCUCUCUCUCUCCCUCUACCUUUCUCCUCAAACAAAUGAGAGGCAAAUUAAUUUGGUAAUGAGAUUUGACAGAGACACUUUAGACAAAUAGAGAGAGAGAGAUUGAAGCAAAGAAACAGAAAGACAUCAAAGCCAGGGAUAUGAGGCUAUUCUUCUCCUGGUAGUUUUCAAGGAUUACGUCUGCUCACCUGAUUUCACUUCCUGUCUCCAUCGGUGACAACGCCUAUUAACCGUUGCCAUGGGCGAAAUGGAGGAGCUGCGAAAGGAGGCGGACAACCUCAAAGAUCAGAUCACUGAGGCCCGAAAGGUAGUGCAGGACACCACCCUGCAGGAGGCGGUUGCUGGGACGACGCUGGUGGGGCGUGUCCAGCUGAAGACCAGGAAGACGCUGAGGGGUCACCUGGCCAAGAUCUAUGCCAUGCACUGGGGCACUGACACCAAUUGUAGCAAGUUGUGUGUCAGUGCCUCUCAAGAUGGAAAGCUGAUAGUGUGGGACACCCUGACCACCAACAAGGUGAACGCCAUCCCUCUGAAGUCCUCGUGGGUGAUGACGUGUGCCUACGCGCCCUCAGGGAACAUGGUGGCGUGUGGCGGUCUCGACAACAUGUGCUCCAUCUACAACCUCAAGGGCAAGGACGGCAACGUCAAGGUCAUGCGUGAGCUGGCCGCACACACAGGUUACCUGUCCUGCUGUCGUUUCCUUAACGACAGUGAGAUCAUCACCAGCUCUGGCGACUGCACCUGUAUUCUAUGGGACAUUGAGACAGGGACAGAGAAGACCAUCUUCGCGGGCCACUUGGGUGACUGCAUGUCCCUGGCCGUGUCCCCCGACUUCAAGAUGUUCAUCUCGGGGGCGUGUGACUUCACGGCCAAACUGUGGGACAUCAGGGAAGCCACCUGCAGACAGACGUUCAGCGGCCACGAGAGUGACAUCAACGCCAUCGGGUUCUUCCCCAAUGGUAAUGCGGUUAUAACGGGCUCAGACGAUGCCACCUGUAAGCUGUACGACCUGAGGGCAGACCAGGAGCUCAUCACCUACCAGGACUCGGGCAUCAUGUGUGGGGUGACCUCCCUCGCCGCGUCCCUCUCUGGCAGACUUCUCCUGGCCGGAUACGAUGACUUCAACGUCAACAUCUGGGACAUGCUUAAAGCCGAGAGAGUGGGAGUGCUGGCUGGUCAUGACAACAGGGUGAGCUGCAUCGGAGUAUCCUCGGACGGAAUGGCAUGCUGCACAGGAUCCUGGGACAGCUUCCUGAAGAUAUGGAACUGAGCCAGUCCUCUAGAGAACGAAAGACUAAGAGUAGAGGAAGGGUAUCAUGAAACACUGGUAGAUUGAAGAGGGGGGACUUGGAAGUCGUGGGUUAAAGGUUAUUUUUUAUUGUGCCAAGUCUUAUUUCGAUUUGAGAAGAUUAUGAAAGUCUCGUCUCUUCCGACUUCUAACUCAAGUUUAGAGUUUGGCGGGUGGGGGACUUUUGUAGAAAAACAUCCAUGAAUGACUGAUUUGUCAAGGUUAAAAACGGAAUUCUAGCAUUAUAGAAAAUGCAGGAAAAUAUUCAUGUCAAAAGAGCAGUUGCCAAAAUGGAAACCGUAGACUUGGAUGAAAGAACAGGAUAAUGUUUUUUUUUUUUUUUUAAUAACCACUGAUAGACUGUAGGUUUACAAUAACUAGGUUGUUACAUACUUUUAUAUUCAAGGAGAGUUAAAAUGUUUUGUCAGAGGAUGAAUGUGUAAGCAUUAAAAUUUGUGUCGAACAGAUGUUUGGGUGUUGGUUAGAAUUCCCUUGUUAGUUCCGUUUCUUUCCCCUUAUAUUUUUACGGUCACAUUUGAAUGCAGCUUUCUACAUUAGUGUGUGUCUGAAAGUUGAUGCAUGUACGUGUUUAUUAGGAUAUGUUUACCAUGAGUUGGGGUCUAACCUCUUGGCCUACUUCCCAAUGGCUGGACAGAUGGGAUGAUAGAUCUUAUGGUGGACUGACAACAAAAAAAGGCAGCUGUACAAAAACCACAACAUUUCACAUUCGUCAGAGGACUGGAGGAAACUUGCCUGGUUGUGUAUAUCUAAGUGACGGUAACGGCUACACGUGGUUUGUUUUACCACCUGUUGUGCAAGCGAAACAUAACAGCGACUCUGUACAGCACAAUAUCUCAAUGUGAAGUGGCUGAGUUUCUUUCCAAUGGCAUCACACACAAGUGACAAGUUGGACAGCCUUUCUAUACCAUCAGAACAGACUGUGCAUAUAGUAAAUCAUUCACUGAAAUUUGUCAAGCCCUUUUCUUAAGGUGCUAAGUAAAGCCAUACCUUUCAACUAAUAAAGAUGUACCUCUCCUCUUAUAGGUGUAUUUCAGUUAAGACCAAAAUAGAUUUACAGCAAAUUUAUUUACAUAAAAGGACAGGAUAGCAAAUACAAUGAUACAGACACUUGAAAUAAAGACUAAUCAUAUCGAUGGCACUUCCAAAAACAAUGUACACAUUAUAAUUUGUUAGCAGUUUGAAAAAGUCAGUUAAAAAGAGUCUGUACACUUUAAAAAGGCUCGUUAUUAGACAGCUAUAAAAAUGGCAAGAUUCUAUACACUGGCCAGUUAGUGUUUGUGCAUGUUCCUCGGCAACAUCCAUCUAUCGGUUCUCCUUGUCCAUGGACACAGUCAGGACUCUCCGGUCCAUCUGACCCAGCCUCUGUCUGUCUGGGGUGGACACCUUCACCUUCAUCUGAUGGGCAGGGAAGGAAGAGAGAGACAGAACCUUUCAGUUAGACCAGAGGUUUAAAAACAGUUGUGAUUGUUCAUUUUCCCCUGACCCAGCAAUCCUGUUCCUUAGGCUUUAGUGUGCAGACAUGAACGAAUGAGAUGGCAAGAGUGAGGUAGAUGCAAGCACAUAUGCAGAUAGUUCCCUGAGGGAAAAAUGUGUGUACAUUAGGGCUGGCACAAUUACCGUAUAACAGACCGUUAUGGAUAAGUGUCAUGAAAAUAAAAUACAUUUCUCUUCAAAAAACAUUUGUAUUAUUUUGAAACGAAUAGCUGACUGAAGACGGGACUGCCAGGCAGUUGAGUCAGUUUCCGAAGUAACAUGGGCUCUUUACAACGUGAUGAAACUUUGUUGCUCCUUGCUGAAACAAGCAAGGUCUUUUAGCAGAGAAUGGGCUUGCAAACUCUUGACCCCGGCAAUUUGACUGUUGAACCAAUUGGUAAAUACACAAUGGCUGCCUGGUAUUGUGAUGCAAUCAUUUCCAUGGCAAUGUAGAAUGAUCAUUCUAAUUAUGUUAACAGAUGUCACCAUUUAGUUGAAUGUAUUUUUUUUUUGUUAUGUCAGUUGAUUCAACAAAUCACAGCACAUAUUGGUGGGUACUCUCGCAAUGGGGUUCCCACUAGUUGGGCCAGUGGCAAAGUCAAAAUGGUUAAAAAAAAAAAAACAACAUUUUGCUAUUUGUUCUUAAGGCCAGGCACCAUAGGAUUUUUGCUUCCAUCUUUCACAUUUUCUGAUUGUGAUAUUUUGCA